CAACAGGUAGCCGCUCAGCAGCUGGCCUUCCAGCAGCAGCUUCUGCAGGUUCAGCAGCUUCAGCAGCAGCACCUCCUGAACCUCCAGCGGCAAGGCCUGCUUACCAUCCAGCCAGGCCAGGCUUCCCUUCCCGUACACCAGCUGACUCAAGGCAUGAUUCCAGCAGAUGUGCAGCAGCUCUGGAAAGAGGUAACUGGAGGUAAAGAUGAAAACACGACGAACAACCACGGAAGCCUGGACCUGUCCACUAGCUCCAUCCACUCACCUGCUCCCCCGAAGAAUUCGUCAAUAGUAAACCAUCAUGCUUCAACAAAUGGACAACAUGUGAGCCACACUCCCAAAAGAGAAUGCUUAUCCAACGAAGAUAACCCACACAGCCACCCUCUGUAUGGGCAUGGUGUAUGCAAAUGGCCUGGCUGUGAAACAAUAUGUGAAGAUUUUCAAUCAUUCCUUAAGUAAGUAACUUUGCAAAGAUAUACCUUUU